UUCCGUAAUCUUUCACGGAAAACGCCUCCCGCCCCGGAAUUCAGCGGGCCAAACCGCGGACCCGCCGCGAAGGCGUCCAGAUUCUGCUGGAAUCUUCCAGGCGUGCCGCGCGCCCUCCCCGAUUUUAUUAAGGGCCGUCGUGGUCCCGUCCAGGCCAUCGCCGUCGAUUCGCCUUGCAGGCAGGCCUCCGCUCGCCGCUCGCCGCCCGCCGCCCGCCGAUCGGCCUCCGCUCGCCGCUCCCCCGAGGUUUCAACCGUUAGCAACCUCAAGAUGGCUGCCAAUGUUGGGGAAUCAGCGGCAGUCGGUGGCAGCAGCAGUGAUGCAGCUGGAGGGAGCUUCGAGUGCAAUAUUUGCUUUGAGUUGCCACAGGAGCCAAUAGUAACUCUCUGCGGUCACCUAUUCUGCUGGCCGUGCCUCUACAGAUGGCUACACAUGCACGCAAACACACCAGAGUGCCCUGUGUGCAAGGCCAUUGUUGAAGAAGACAAGCUUGUCCCCCUUUAUGGCCGUGGCAAGGACCGCGUCGACCCAAGGUCAAAGAACACUCCUGGAGUCGACAUUCCUCAACGCCCAGCUGGCCAGAGGCCUGCGACAGCCCAACAAGCUGAUCCUAACAACAAUUUCGGCAACGCCCAUGCAAAUCCAUGGUUCAUGGGCAUGGGGGGCGCGGGUGCAGGGGCGGGUGUUCCGCUAGCGAAUGGACGGUGGGGCAACUAUGCGUUCUCGGCUGCAUUUGGGGGCCUAUUCCCUAUGCUCAGCUUCCAGAUGCAUGGAUUUCCAGAUCCAGCUGCAUAUGCUCAGCCCGCCGGGUUCCACUACGGGUUUGGUCAUGGCCAUGGCUUCCAUGGCGGGCAGCACGCCCACGGCGUCCCCCGCCAGGGGCCGCUAGGGCAGCAGCAGCAGCAGGCAGAUGUCUACCUCAAGGCCCUUCUUAUCAUGGUCGGGGUUCUUGUGAUCGCAAGCCUCCUCGCAGCUUAAAUUGGUUACCGCUAUCAUCAAAAUUGUGGUGGUGUUUGGUAGGAGUUGCCAGAGCAUACCUUGGUGUAGGCUUAUCUCUACCAAAUUGGAGAUAAGUUCUGUUCGUUCGAAUGUUUGUAUGAAGGGUCCAUGGAGUUUGUGUAUCUAGAUCUGGAUGGUCUUCCUCUGCAUGAUACAUCAUCCUAUGUUUUGUAGUUUUGACUCCUUUGAUUUGAUAAACGUGGUGUACAAUUGUUGGGAGGUCAUCCCCCCGUGUCUGUAACCUGUAUCAAUCUAGAUUGGACAGUGUAGAUGAGUACAUUUACAUGUAAUAAUUCUCAUGUUUGCACAAAGUGACAGUUCAUGUACCUUUUGACAGCAAGCUCAAGGUGUUGCCAUUCUUGUA